CAGGAUCUUGAAUGCAUGAGAUUUGUUCCUCUUGUCGACUUUCUCGCUUUAACUCUCUCUUUCCUCUGACGGUUUUUUGGGCCGUGAUGUCUCCUAACGAUGGGACAGUCGGUGUGCAAACUCCGAGCAGAUAACGUGCAGUUAUCAGUCGGUUUCCAGUGCGGGCCAGUGGACGCCAGGAGCUGAGGAGCAGAGGAGCUGAGGAGCUGAGGAGCAGAGGAGCUGCUGUUUUGACAGCUGCUUGAGCCUCCAAGUACCUGGACUGUGUUCCUGACAGAAAGCUGCUCACACCCGAGGAUUUAACCCCCAAAAAGGAGGGCAGUUUAUGAAGUGAGGAAGAUCUGCGGCGGUGAAUAUACUUUAAAGCGCCUCUGAAAGCUCCACACCGAGCAGUGGUCAUGGCCUCUCCCCGGCUGAAGUACCUCUCUCUGGGCGUGCUGGUGUUCCAGACCACCUCCCUGGUGCUCACCAUGCGGUACUCCCGCACCCUGCAGGCCGAGGGCCCGCGGUACCUGGCCUCCUCAGCUGUGGUGGUGGCCGAGGUCAUGAAGAUCAUCACCUGCGUGCUGCUCGUCUUCAAGGAGCACAGUUACAGCAUGCGAGCUCUGAACAGCGUUCUGCGUCAGGAAAUCGCCAACAAACCACUAGAAACGCUGAAGCUGGCGAUUCCCUCUGGGAUCUACACACUGCAGAACAACCUGCUGUACGUCGCCUUGUCCAACCUGGAUGCAGCCACCUACCAGGUGACGUACCAGCUGAAGAUCUUGACCACAGCUCUGUUCUCUGUGUCCAUGCUGGGCCGCAGACUGGGAGUCUACCAGUGGCUCUCGCUGCUGAUUCUUAUGGCUGGAGUGGCUCUCGUGCAGGUGUUUCUCCUGUGUUUGCAGUGGCCCUCUGAGUCUGCAGCGGCCCCAGAGAAGGAGGCCCUCUCUGCAGGCUCCCAGUUUGUGGGUGUGGCAGCAGUUCUGGUGGCGUGCUGCUCCAGUGGGUUUGCUGGUGUCUACUUUGAGAAGAUCCUGAAGGAGAGCAAACAGAGCGUCUGGGUCCGUAACAUCCAGCUAGGGAUGUUCGGCUUUGUGUUUGGCCUUUUUGGGAUGCUGGCGUACGACGGAGAGAGGGUGAGGGAGUCAGGAAUGUUCCAGGGAUACAACACAGUCACCUGGACCGUCGUAGCGCUGCAGGCGCUGGGUGGUCUGGUCAUAGCAGCGGUCAUCAAGUAUGCAGACAACAUCCUCAAGGGCUUUGCUACAUCGCUCUCCAUCAUCCUGUCAACUCUGAUAUCGUACUUCUGGCUGCAGGACUUCGACCCCACUAGCGUGUUCUUCCUGGGGGCAAUUUUGGUCAUCACAGCCACUUUUCUCUACGGCUACGAAGGCAAGCCAUCCCCCAAUCCCAGCAGGGCGUAGGACACUCACGGCUGACACUGCAGCAGCAGUAGGAGGUCCUGUUGAAGCGUCAAGUUAAAAGGAGGACAGAGAGCUGCAGGAAAAAGAAGGGGAAAGGUCUUUAUCAUAUAUUGUGAUCACAAAACGGAAGAGGAAGAGAGGAGGUAAGCAGGUUGGGAACAGGAAGAGUGGAAAAACAUUAGAAAAAAUAAAAAGCAAGCACAAUGCUGUGAUGGUGUCUCACAUACCAAAAGUGCCUCCGCUGAGAAGGGUAACAAAUGAGAAACAAGAACUGUGGCAAAACAGGAUUGUUUGUUUUUCCUUUGUUCAUGUAAUUACCGUUAUAGAGAUAAGCCUGGACGCCGCACCUCUGGAUCUGGAGAGGUAUUCUCGACGGGACCGAAUGAUUGUGUCAAUAAGAGCCUGUUUGACUGCCACUCACUGUAACUGCCACAUCCGUCACACCUACACGAUACAGGAUUACAGAGGCAGACAGUUUAAAAAUCCCCUUCAGACUCACAUUUUUUCGACAUAGUGUGACUUAAGCCCACAUUGUUGGGUUAUUCGCCUCAGAGUUGCAGUAUUUAAGACUCUGACAGUCUUUCUUGCCCCCUUUUAGCUCUGAAAGCACAUUUUUCCCCUUAAAUGAGCCCCUACAGCCACUGUUUACUCUGAAGCUGAGUAUAUUUCUGCAAACUCUAACAGUGAAAUGGUUUAGGAUGCCUGGAAGGCACAAUUCGGGGCAUAAAACAACGAAAUGCACCAAAAGCCUUUAGACUUUGGUAGCUGCAGUGACCGUAACUCGUAUUGUUUCCUAAAUUAUGGCUCCCUUGUAAUGGUUUUGUUCAGCUAUUUUUGGAAACCGUUUUUGUUGCCAGGCAACAUAUAGUCACUGGGACGUCUUUGAUAGCAUAUACAGUGACAGAGUUACUGUAUGACUCGUCUGUGUGUGUCUGGUGGAGUUUCAUGUUUUACAGUAAUGUGGGUGUAUGAAUAAAACGCUGCAGGAAUACAUUAAUCGGGCACUUGAGAAAUGCCGCUGAAGGCAGCAGUAAUUAUUAUUUGGAGAUAUUGAUUUUCAAAGUUAAAGAACAGUUUGAUCGUGUGGUGAAGAUUAUUUUGUACAACUUGAAAUUAUGUUAACCUCUGGGCGUAAAUAACGGCACCGUUUAAAUUGUAAUCUAUGAAUCGAAAUGAAUUGUCUGUUUAACUUAUUCAUUCAUCAAUCAGGCAUUUACACGACUUUUCAAAAGCCACUGAUUAUAAACAUCCUUGUGUCCUGUGCUCGUGUAAAAAUUGAUUCUGUUGAUUUCGUGGCAAAGUAAUCGAAAAUGGCUGAAUGUGGCCCAGCGUAGUCUGAACUGACUGAAUUAUUACAUCAGACAUCCAUGAGGCGCUAUUUACAUACAGUAGAAAGUAAUCUUGGACUGUGCUAUUUGACUGGUGUUUUUUCUUCUGAAAUGACUUUUUUUUCCUUUGUUUCCUUGGGAUGAAGCGGGUAUAAUUAAUAAUUUUAUUAUUUUAAUUUCAAAUAUGUGAAUCUUUUAUAAAAGACAAAUGUUUCCUUUAA